AUGAUGGAACCAAUAUCACAUUUCAAUAAUCUAACAUUACAAGUGAUAUCGAUUCGAGACGUUCAGAGUAAAGGCAAAUUCGGUUCGUCAAAGAUUAAGAAAGUGUUUGAUCUACAUGUUGCCUAUGACAAUGAUACAUCUUUCACCAUUGAGAUCACUCAAUCGAAAUUACAAAAACUUAUUACAGAGAUUAAAAAAGAAUUAUAUAAUAUAUCAAUAUCAAGUGUAACAAUCAAUUCCAAUGCAACCAAUGAUUUGACAACAUUGUUUCAAACAUUCAGUAGUAAUCCAAAGAUUGCGAAAUCAAACAGUUUGGCAAAGUUUUUAGAGUCAGAGGGUAACAAAGUACUCUCUCGAAAAUUCAUCACAGAAGAGUUUAUGAAAGAUAUCAAUCAUCAAGGUGUAUUACAAAAGAUCAAGAACAAACAUAAUCUAACAAAGAAAGAGAGAAUCUGUUUCAUUAAAUAUCAUAGAAUAUUAUAUUAUUAUACUCCAUCAAAACAAUGUAAAGGAGCAAUUUGUUUAGAUGAAUGUGUUGUUUCGAAAACAAAAGACGCUCAAACCUUUGAAUUACAAACACCGAGUGCAGGCACUUAUCUGUUUUGUGCUCAGUCAGCGAUGGAAUGCGAUCAAUGGAUCACUUGUUUGAAGAAAUGUUUGGAGGUAUGUCAGAGUGCCAAGAUCAAAGUGAAUGGACAACUCUCUGGUACUAUCAUUAAAGGUCGUGACUUUGCAAAGAAGGACUUGAAUGGCUAUGCCGAUCCCUUUGCCAUUACAAGAAUCGAGAGACAACAAAUUAGAACUCCAACCAUCUACAAGACAUUGAAUCCAAUAUGGAAUGAACAAUUCUAUUUUGAUAUAACAAAGAAUGAAGGAUAUUUUUAUUUAUUGGUUUGGGAUGAAGAUAAGUUUAGUGCAGCAGACUUUAUGGGCAAGAUUAUAAUCCCGCUUACUGCACUCCCACCAGGUCAGGAGCUGCAGAUGCAUCUUCCGCUAAUACCAAAGACCUCAAAGAACAAAGUAACAGGUGAUGUAUUUGUAAAACUAAAGUAUAUUUAUACCACCGACACACCGAUCUCCAAUGGCGUCUCUAUCUUUGGACAGAGUCUUUCAUCGUUUGAAUCGAGACCGGAAUCAAAGGAUGGAUUGCCAGGCAUACUCUUUGAUUUUAUCAACUUUUUCGAACAGUACGGACUCAAAGAGGAAGGUCUCUUUAGAAUCUGUGGUUCCAAUCUCGAUAUCAAGAGUCAUAAACAACAAAUCGAUUCCGGUCAAACCAUUCUAUUCACUCCCGACAAGAUUCAUACACUUGCCGGUGUAUUUAAAUUAUUCUUUAGAGAAUUACCCGAACCUAUUUUAACUUUUGAAAAAUAUGAUGCAUUCUUAUCAAUCUCAACAAACAAUGCAAAUGUAAAACAAAUAACAACACUCAUCAAAUCAUUACCAAAAGUCAAUCAAAAACUAUUGCAAUUACUACUUCCAUUCUUUUAUAACAUUGGUAGAGUAGAGAAUUCUAAAUAUAAUAUGAUGAACUUUUCGAAUCUUGCAAUAGUUUUUGGACCGGCAAUGCUAAGACAAGCAGUGGAAACCGAUGACAGUAUAUUAAAGUUGAAUUCUAUCAAUGAUGUCACUCGUCGACUAAUAGAAUUCGCUCCAUCCAUCUUUGUAGAAUAA